GCUUCUGAGCAUCGUUUGGAGAAGAGGAGGGGAGAGAUAGAGACAGAGAGCUCUACCACAGCGAGUGUCCUCCGAAUGUCUGCCUCUCCACAUUGCCAAUGAAUAAUCCACGCAUUCCUAUGUCUGCCAGUUGACAUACUGAACGCAAAGGACCACGCUUCUACCUCUACAAGGAUUCAGGAGUCCUGUAGCGGGCUGCGCGUUUUUUCAGGAGCACCUGACAUUUCCUGUGGCAGAUUUAUUUACUGGAUCAUGGCACAGACCAACAGCAGCGGGCAGGGGACCAACGGGGUAGCAGAUGAAUCCCCCAACAUGAUAGUGUACAGAAAGAUGGAAGAAGUAAUAGCACGCAUGCAGGAUGAGAAAAAUGGCAUCCCCAUCAGAACAGUGAAAAGUUUUCUAACCAAGAUCCCCAGUGUUUUUUCAGGUUCUGAUAUUGUACAGUGGAUGAUCAAGAAUCUGGACAUUGAAGAUCAAGUGGAGGCUCUUCACCUAGGAACUUUGAUGGCUGCACAUGGAUACUUCUUCCCCAUCUCAGACCACGUCCUCACCCUCAAAGAUGAUGGCACUUUCUAUAGGUUUCAGACUCCAUACUUUUGGCCAUCAAACUGCUGGGAACCAGAAAACACAGACUAUGCUGUUUACCUCUGCAAAAGAACAAUGCAAAAUAAAGCACGUCUGGAGCUUGCAGACUAUGAAGCGGAGAGCUUAGCAAGGCUACAGAGAGCUUUCGCCAGGAAAUGGGAGUUCAUAUUUAUGCAAGCAGAAGCACAAGCGAAAGUCGACAAGAAAAGAGACAAAAUUGAAAGGAAAAUACUUGACAGUCAGGAAAGAGCAUUCUGGGAUGUGCACAGACCAGUGCCUGGAUGUGUGAAUACAACAGAGGUCGACAUAAAGAAGUCUUCUAGAAUGAAAAACCCACACAAAACUAGAAAGUCUGUGUAUGGGUUGCAGAAUGAUAUUCGAACCCACAGCCCAACCCACACCCCGGCCCCAGAAGCCAAGCAGCCUACGGAAGAAGAACUGCAGGAACAGAUCGCCUUUUGGCAACUGCAAUUAGACAGGCAUCGACUGAAAAUGUCCAAAGUGGCGGAGAGCUUGCUGGGCUACACAGAGCAGUACCUUGAAUACGACCCUUUCCUCACGCCUCCAGAUCCAUCCAACCCCUGGAUGUCAGAUGACACCACACUCUGGGAGCUUGAAGCCAGCAAGGAGCCAGGCCAGCAGAGGGUAAAGAGAUGGGCUUUUGGCAUCAAUGAGGUUCUCAAAGAUCCUGUGGGGAGAGAGCAGUUCCUGAAGUUCUUGGAGUCUGAGUUCAGCUCAGAGAAUCUCAGGUUCUGGCUAGCAGUCCAGGAACUUAAGAAGCGUCCCAUCAGAGAAGUUCCAACUCGGGUUCAGGAGAUCUGGCAGGAGUUUCUGGCUCCUGGAGCGCCCAGUGCCAUCAACGUGGACUCUAGGAGCUACGGCAAAACCACCCAGAAUGUCAAAGAUCCCGGACGCUACGCCUUUGAGGAUGCACAGGAGCACAUCUACAAGUUGAUGAAAAGUGAUUCGUACAGCCGUUUCAUCCGUUCCAGUGCCUAUCAGGAGUUAUUACAGGCCAAAAAAAAGAAAAGUAAGAACUUGUUCUGAAGGCUUCCAGGUAAUGUCCACUACAAAAUUAUACAUAAUGUAUGUUGUUAGAUCUUGUAAUAGCCUCUUUUUAGCUUCUUUACAGGUCAAACCUUAAAAUUCUAUAGUGCAAUAUAUACAAAAUGUGCAUGGUUGUUAAAAAAAAAAAAAACAUUUUUUAAAAGGUAUUUGCUGUCUCUCAUUCCCACUUGCACAUAUACAGUGGGUACG